CCGGUGGUCGGUGGUCCAGCCCAGCUAACCAGAGCCCGGGGACCGGCGGACCGGGGGGCGUGGCGCUGCCUCCACCGUGUCCGUGUGGGUCCUGGGGCCGCGGUGUCCCCGCCGCUUCCGCCGCCGUUACUGCUCCUGCCGAUGCUGCCGCCUCUGCCCCCUCCGCCCCCUCCGCCGCCUCUGCUUUUGGCCAGCCAGCUUCCCCAGGGCUCCCCUGGCUAGCCCGGCCGCCGGCAGGUCAUCCCUGCAAUCCCCGAGCCGGCUGAGGGGGGCCGCCCGGCAGGAGCCGGCUUCGUGGGGGAGAACGGGGAUCCGGACCCUCCUGCUCCUUUGUGCUCAGCAGUGGCGUGGGCCCCUCCGGCCCCGAGAGAUCAAGCGGCCAGCCGGGCUUCCCGCCACCGCCGCCUCCCCCUUCUCCGAGCCGGCGGCUGAGCUGGGAGCGGGCUGACACUGCAGACGCGUCGCUAGCGUCCAUGCUGGAGAGUUGGGGGUGACUCCAGCCCGGGGGACUGCAGAGAGCGAUAUGUGUCACCAAGAUGUCCGGCCGCAGCUGCCCGGGCGGGGACGUGGCGGGGAAGCCCCUGGACACGAUCCCCGAGGACAAGAAAGUGCGGGCGCAGCGGGCACAGAGGGCACAGAGCACGUUUGAUCCCUUUGAGAAGCCACCGAGCCAGGUGAAGAGAGUCCACUCAGAGAACAACGCCUGCAUCGGCACCAAGGCUGCGGCACAGGCACCCGACUCUCCCAGGGGGAGGCGCCAUUCCAGCCCCAGCUCGCCCACAAGCCCCAAGUUUGGGAAAGCGGAUUCCUACGAGAAACUGGAAAAGCUGGGGGAAGGAUCCUACGCCACUGUGUACAAGGGGAAAAGCCGGGUGAAUGGGAAAUUGGUGGCCCUGAAGGUGAUCCGGCUCCAGGAGGAGGAGGGAACGCCAUUUACCGCAAUCAGGGAAGCCUCGCUCCUGAAAGGCCUAAAGCACGCCAACAUUGUGCUGCUGCACGACAUUAUCCACACCAAGGAGACCUUGACCCUGGUGUUCGAAUAUGUGCACACAGACCUAUGCCAGUAUAUGGACAAGCACCCUGGAGGUCUCCACCCGCACAACGUGAAGUUGUUCUUGUUCCAGUUGCUCCGCGGGCUCUCCUACAUCCACCAGCGGUAUAUCCUGCACAGAGACCUCAAGCCCCAGAACCUGCUCAUCAGCCACCUGGGGGAGCUCAAGCUGGCUGACUUUGGUCUGGCUCGAGCCAAGUCCGUCCCCAGCCACACGUACUCCAAUGAAGUGGUUACCCUGUGGUACCGGCCCCCCGACGUCCUUCUGGGCUCCACCGAGUACUCCACUUGUUUGGACAUGUGGGGCGUGGGCUGUAUCUUCGUGGAGAUGAUCCAGGGAGUGGCCGCCUUUCCCGGGAUGAAGGACGUCCAGGACCAGCUGGAGCGGAUAUUUCUGGUACUCGGCACGCCCAAUGAAGACACGUGGCCUGGAGUGCACUCACUGCCACAUUUCAAACCAGAACGCUUCACCUUGUACAGCUCCAAAGCCCUCCGCCUGGCCUGGGACAAGCUGAGCCGUGUGGCCUGCGCGGAGGACCUGGCGUCGAAGCUGCUACAGUGCUCCCCGAAGACCCGGCUGUCAGCGCCCGCGGCCCUGAGCCACCAGUACUUCAGUGACCUGCCCCCCCGGCUAUGGGACCUGGCUAACAUGUCUUCGAUCUUCAGCAUUCCGAGUAUCCGGCUGCACGCGGAGGCAGGAGAGAGCAUGCGCGCCUUGGGGAAGAACAGUGGCUAUGGCAGGAGCCUGGCAAACAGCAAGCACUGAGGCCGGGGGUCCUCGAGGAGACUCUGGGAGCUGCUGCGGCGCGGGCGACUACCAGAGCCGGAGCCUGGCCAAGGAGCAGGCUGGUGCCGUCUCCCAUCUCCGCACAGUGGACGAGGUGCCCCUCUGCCCUACCUCUACAGAACCUGCCCAGGUCCCACCAGACUCCUGCCCCGCUCGGGGCCCGUGUGCUCCUGGCUUCAUUUCCCAGAGGCACUACCCUCUGCGGGGGGUCCUGCCGCGUCCACUGCCGUGGCGCCAGGGUGGACGUGGAGCCGCGGCCGUGGGACAGAUGUGGAGCCACCACCGUGGCGUUCUCCCUCAACGAGGACCCCCAAGCAUCCAGCAUGAAAGAAUGGGAGUUCAUGGCUCGGGCGGCCACAUCCUCAAACCCGCUGGUUACUAGCGCCCAGCUGGUGCUGCGGGGCCUUGCUCUCCUCGGGGACUGGCCUCACGUGCCCUCUCAGAGAAGCCACAUGCCAGCCGGGUGACCGGGGGGCUCUCAGCCGGUCGGUCUCAGCUGAGGCCGGGGAAGGUACAUUGACUGUGGCCGGGAUGGGUUCGGCCUCUUCGGGUAGGGGGAUCUCUUCCCUGGCCCUCCGUCCCAACUACCCCGCAGUUCCCUCCCAGUAGUGGCGGGGCAGGGGAGGGGAGCCCGUGUGGUGCUGGGAGCCCUGGAUUUGCUGAACGGACCCCUCGCCCCACCCCGCUUCAGAAGGGAGAGCAGACCCCAGUCCAAGGAGCUCCGGGGGCCAUGGAGUCCCCCCCGCGGGCCCCAGUCGGCUCUGGACACAUCAGGGACACCCCAGCCCGUCCCGUAGGGAGGGGUGUGGCCGGGCUCGGGGGAAGUUGGAAUGGUGAGCCAAGGGAGACACCUUGACCUGGGAUGAAUAGCAUGGGGAGGGGGUGGGGGGAGCAUGGGGGACACUGCCAUUCAGGUGGGGGUGGUGGGAGGGGUAUAUCGCUCCCAUUAGGAGCAAGGUUUGGGAGUUUCGCUCCCACCGGGGUAAGGGGGAGCCUGACUAGGGAAGGAUCUGGUCCCCCUGGGACCCUGCUCCAUCGACGCCUCCGGUGGGUGCUUUGGAAUGGGGAUGGCCAGACUGGGUCCUUCCUCGGCGGUGGUGGCGGUGGCAGUGCUCAGAGCGAAUGACAGGCAGGCCACUGAGGACAUGUGGCUCCUAGCCCAGUGGGCGUUGCUGCCCGACAUGUGGCAGGGAGUGGGCAGGCCGCACAGCUCUCUGCUGCUCGGGGGGAGGAAGGCUUAGCCCAGGCCCCAACCCUGCCACCUCCCCCACCACACAGAGAUCCAGUUGCCGUGGCUGGACUGGCUGUAGCUCAGACCAGUGUGGUCAGCCUGGAGGGGGGUGUGUGUGUGUGUGUUGCAGGGGGGCGGGGGGAAACGGAAGAGAAACGGGGGGUCAAAUUCCAAGCUCAGCAUCCACCCCUGGUCGGGACCGGCCACAGCUCUGUGGUUUGCCAGGGCGGGAACAUGGACUAGACCUUCGCCUUGGUGUGGCGGGCUGGGCCCAGAGCGCCCUUGGCCGCCCUGCUUCAUGGCGCAGGAGAUUGGCCUGGCUGAUCCACGUUUCCUUCUCUUACCCCUGGGCUCGGACCUCAGAUCUGGUCGCAGAGAGAAGCUCCCGGCCUUUCCCUUGCCCGCUUCGCAGGCCCCACUUGGGACUGGAGUUUUCACGGAUGGCCUCUGGAGCCACUCCGUUUCUCUGCGCCCAGGACUCCCCUCAGAGCUGCGCCCAUGGCCCCACCGGUCUCCACCCACUUGCCGGGGCAGCAAGAGGGUGGCCUUGGCCCUGACCUGCUUCUCUGCCACUUCCAGGUGUGGCUGGUUUGGAGUCUGGCACACCCCCCAUUAAGGGGGGCGGGGGGAACACUAGAAGAUGCUCUCAUCUCCCCCACCUCUGGUGAGGGGGCACGCUACCCAAACCUAGGGCUUCCCCAGACUCAGCCUCCCACGUGCCCCGUCGGACUUGAAUAUCCAACCCCACCCUCCAGGGCUCAGUUUCCCCGGGACUUGGCCCCCGCUCACCCUCUUGGUGCCAUGGUACGAGGGCUUCAUUUGGGGGGCCGGACUCGGCAGCCUUCCACUCCUCCGGUCUGGGGGCUCUGGACUCCGGUGGCACCCAGGACCCGGGGCAGGGAGCGGGGCAGAAACCAGCAGUCGCAUUCCUUGUUAGAACUUGUGCUCGUCUGUGUUCUGAGAGCAACCUUGGACCGUCAUGUCUGUUGUAACCUUUGUCUUCUGUACCCCGUGAGGAAUAAAGUGUAGCCGAUCGUC